AUGACAUCUCAGGAUCCACCUGAGAAUAUUACCAUACCGCCCCCGGAGUACCGGCAGGUAAUCGACAAAACUGCCGGCUAUGUGUUCCGCAACGGUCCUUCUUUUGAGAUCCGUAUACGAGAGAAAGAACGGGAGAAUGUGAAGUUUGCCUUUCUUCUUGACGAUGAUCCGUACAACGAAUACUACAAAUGGAGUCUCUCGCAGUUACGUGAGGGUAAGACUAAUGGGACGGAGCAGAGCUCUGUAGUUACCACAAUCACCCAGACCGAAGAAGACAAGAUCGCGGCUCCUCCAGAGUUCAAAUUCUUUACCAGAUUGCCGCCAGUAUCAGCGCAAGACCUGGAUGUGAUACGACUUUGUGCGCAGUUUGUGGCAAAGAAUGGUCCAGAUUACGCCGCUGCGCUCAGGAAGCAUGUUUCCAACUCGGUCCAAUUCGAGUUUAUGGUGAAGGGCCAUUCGUUGUAUCCGGUCUUUGAGAGUUUUGUAGAGCAAUAUCGGCUCAUUCUUCAUCCCACUCAAGAUAUUCAAGAAAAGCUUAGCACAGGUGCGCGAAAUGCGUACUCGGUUUUGGAUCGGGCAUUUGCUAGGGCCGAGUAUUUGAAAAAACAGGAGAUUGAAGCGGCUGAUAAUGAGGCUCAGUUGUUCAAAGAGAGGAUUGAAUAUGCUUCCAUUGACUGGGAUUCUUUUGUCGUUGUUGAAACCAUCGAGUUCACCGAGGUAGAUGACGUUGCUGAACUACCCUUGCCGUUAUCGCUAGCCGAGCUACAGUAUAGGUCGCUGGAGCAGAAGAAGGCGAACUCUUUGUUGGAGGAGGCACCCCCUGAUUUUGAUCCCAAUCAAGAGAUACAGAGGAAAGUUUUCGAAGCUUCUGGAGACAGUGGUGAAGAGAUGGUGGUACAGGAGGGUGAGUCUGUUGCCAGACCUGUUCCUAAGGGAAUGAAAAUUAGGUCAGCAGGAGAGUCGCGUUUGAAGAGACAGUAUCAACAGCAACAGCAACAGUUUACAUCUAGUGGCGAGAAGUUGUUGAAAUGCCCUUUGACAGGCCAGUUGAUUCCGGAAUCGAAAUUUGCCCAGCACAUCACGAUUCUGCUUCGUGAUCCCAAAUUCAAGGAGGAGAGGAAGAGAUAUGAAAGUAAGGUAACACAGACAAACCUCAGCACAGACGAGAUUUACGAGAAUAUCAAGAGGUUGGCGAAUGGCAGAAACGAAGAGGAUGAGGAACCAGAUUCCAAAAAGGCGAAGGUUGUUCCUCGGUGGGAUGGGUAUAAGUCCAGUGUUGAAACUGUUCAGCAGCAGGCAGCGAAAAUGUAUUCUAAGUCAGAGAUUGAGGAGAUGAGGCGCGAAAGGAGAGAAAAAGAAAGAGCUAUCGGUCCUCACUAA